AUCAGAGCUGUGCCAUCACAAUUCCCGGAGACAGAGAGAGAGAGAGAGAGCGACACUUGUUCGAUUCUGAUUGGCGGGAAUCGCCAUCCUCACUCUCACCUAUGGGUGUUUCGGAGAACACGAUAGGUCUGAUACUAGCCAUGGCCUCCAGCGCCUUCAUCGGCUCCAGCUUCAUCUUGAAGAAGAAAGGCCUCAAGCGCGCCGGCGCCGCCGGAAUCCGAGCAGGUGUUGGUGGUUAUACUUAUUUGUUAGAGCCAUUAUGGUGGGCCGGCAUGAUCACCAUGAUUGUUGGAGAGGUUGCGAAUUUCGUUGCUUAUGUAUAUGCGCCGGCGGUUCUUGUGACUCCACUAGGUGCAUUGAGUAUUAUAGUCAGUGCUGUCUUGGCGCACUUCUUGUUGAAGGAAAGGCUGCAGAAAAUGGGAGUUGUGGGAUGUGUUACGUGCAUUGUGGGAUCAGUGGUUAUUGUGAUCCAUGCGCCGCAGGAGCAUACGCUGAAUUCUGUACAGGAAAUAUGGAGUCUUGCGACUCAACCAGCCUUUCUAAUUUAUGUUGCAGCCACACUUUCCCUAGUGUUAGCUUUGGUUCUGCAUUUUGAACCUCGCUAUGGGCUGACAAACAUACUAGUCUACUUGGGAAUCUGUUCUUUGAUGGGUUCACUUACGGUUGUAAGCAUAAAGGCCAUUGGAAUUGCAAUAAAGCUUACUCUUGAGGGAGUAAGUCAAAUAGCUUAUCCGCAGACUUGGUUUUUUCUGACUGUUUCAGUGAUCUGCGUCGUUACACAGUUGAAUUACCUCAACAAGGCUUUGGAUACCUUCAGUGCAACUAUUGUUGCUCCAGUAUAUUAUGUGAUGUUCACAACUCUCACCAUUAUUGCUAGCGUAAUAAUGUUCAAGGAUUGGUCUGGUCAGACUGCGAGCAGCAUAGCCUCUGAAAUUUGUGGAUUCAUUACUGUACUGUCAGGAACCAUUAUACUCCAUGCCACUAGAGAUCAGGAACCGCCUCCUCCACAAGGAACUGUAACAUGGUACAUUAACGGAGAUUCAAUGAAGGCUUCUGAAGAUGAAGAUUUGAUUGCCUUUCGCAAUUCAGAUUUUCUUGAACCAUAAUAUACCCAUUCACCAUCGUCUUGAAUGGAUUCCUAGCAAUGAGGCUGUACUGCGUCUUGAGUGAGUUGGCACCUAGCACAUUGCUCAUUAGAAGUCCAGAUAUCAUAACACCGGUUCCCUUUUUGCCUGGUUUUAGGCUAGGCUGGCUGGCUAGCCAUGACAGGUCAUUUAAUAAUUAUUUUUUUGGAAAAGAUGAAAUUUUAGGACAAAGUGAGAAAGUAAAGGAAAUCAGUUGACAGGAUGUACAGAGCAAUGUGUGGGUGUCAAUAGGGCCACUCUUUGAGAGUGUGUAUACAAUUCUUUGUUUCUUCUUGGCGUCUCCUUGGGGUGAUUAUCAGAUUGCAGAGAUAAAUUUCAUGUGGCUUUCUUUAUAAGCCAAGUCAUGAGACCUUGAACGGGACGCUUGAAUUGAAGUUGGUUACCGAUGUGCGCUUCUGGAACCACUCUUAGUGCUAACAAUGAAUCGACAUUGGGUCUGGAAAAGGGGUUGCAGUGAUCUAUCAGUAUGCUGGUAGCGCGGAGACAUUAGCUGUGAUAUUGGCAGUGUCCGAUCUGUCCAUGACGGCUAUUUGGUAUAUGUACAUAUUGACGCUUGCCGUUUCUGUUCAUGAUUCUUGUUGACAUACGAGUGAAUUUGAUCCUCUUUUCAGUUUUCCCUUUAUAGUUUGAUUCUUUUCAUAAAACAUAACUGGAAAUCACUCCGCAGCUUCUUCUUGGCAUUGUAUAUC